UGAUUUAUAGGGUUUCCCUCCGCCGUUCUUAAUCACAAAAAAAAAUCUUGGAAGUAGUUUUCGGAGUUGCAGAAAUGGGUCCGAAGAGAGGUGGAAAAGUGGCCGUGCCUUCCAAGAAGAAACAAGAGAAGGUUGUCAAUCCAUUGUUCGAGAAGCGUCCGAAGCAGUUCGGUAUUGGAGGGGCUUUACCUCCUAAGAAGGAUCUGCAUCGAUUCGUAAAGUGGCCUAAAGUUGUUCGCAUUCAAAGGAAGAAGAGGAUCCUUAAGCAGCGGUUGAAGGUUCCACCGGCAUUAAACCAGUUUACCAAGACUCUUGACAAGAACCUUGCAACAAAUCUGUUCAAGUUACUCCUCAAGUACAGGCCAGAGGACAAGGCGGCGAAGAAGGAACGUCUGUUGAAAAAGGCCCAGGCCGAGGCUGAAGGCAAAGCACCCGAGUCUAAGAAACCAAUUGUUGUGAAAUAUGGUCUUAACCAUGUUACAUACCUCAUCGAGCAGAAUAAGGCACAAUUGGUUGUUAUUGCCCAUGACGUGGAUCCCAUUGAGAUGGUAGUGUGGCUCCCGGCUCUGUGCAGAAAAAUGGAGGUCCCUUACUGCAUUGUUAAAGGAAAAUCACGUUUGGGAUCGAUUGUCCACAAGAAAACUGCUUCUGUCUUGUGCUUGACCACGGUUAAGAACGAGGAUAAGAUGGAAUUCAGCAAAAUCCUCGAGGCAAUCAAGGCCAACUUCAAUGACAAGUACGACGAGAAUAGGAAGAAGUGGGGAGGUGGCAUCAUGGGAUCCAAGUCACAAGCCCGAACCAAAGCAAAGGAGAGGCUUCUUGCAAAGGAAGCUGCGCAGAGGAUGACUUAGAGGAAGUAUACACCUUUAGUCUGAGGUUGGUGUUUGAUUAAAUCGUCUAGUGUAGUGAGCUACAAUCGAUUUUGACCUGGUUUACUCAUUUUCUUAGAGGAACAUUGAUAUCGUUUUUCGUGGUUGAACUUUCUAAGUGCCUAGUACGUGGUGAAGUUUGUGAUUUUCUAAAUGAAUUAUGAAUCCGUGUUUUAUU